AAAACCCCCCACCCCAAACUCCGUUAGCGUCAUCUACAAGCGACGACGACCAGGUACGGGAAGCAGAGGAACCAGGCUUCGCCGUCUUUGCUUUGCGGAAUCUGUCAACCGAUGGCGGUGAGAAAACAGGAGGCGGGAGAGGGCGAGGCGGAGAUCGGAGGGCAGAGGCAGUUGGUGGCGUCGGAGCUCAAGGAGCUUUGGGCAAUGGCCGCUCCAAUCACCGCCAUGAACUGCCUAGUUUACCUGCGAGCGAUGGUAUCGGUGGUCUGUCUGGGUCGUCUUGGCCCUCUCGAGCUCGCCGGUGGAGCACUCUCCAUCGGCUUCACCAACAUCACCGGUUACUCUGUUCUCUUCGGGCUCGCCUCCGGCCUUGAGCCGCUAUGCUCGCAGGCCUACGGGUCGCGUAACUGGGACUUGAUCUCCCUCUCGCUUCAACGCGCCAUCUUGCUCCUCCUCUUCGCCGCCAUCCCCAUCGCCUUCCUCUGGGUUCACCUCGGGCCCAUCCUGGUUGCUCUGGGACAGGAUCCCGCCAUCACCGCGUCCGCCGCUACCUACUGCCUCCACUCCUUGCCGGACCUCCUCACGAACGCGCUCCUCCAGCCACUCCGCGUCUUUCUCCGCUCCCAAGGCAUCACCCGCCCCAUGGCCGCUUGCACUGCCGCCGCCGUCCUCCUUCACAUUCCCCUCAAUGUCCUCCUCGUCUUCGUCCUCCGUCUCGGCGUCCCCGGCGUCGCCCUGGCAGCCGUCAUUACUAACCUCAACAUGGCUGUAUUCCUCCUCGUCUACCUCCGCGCCUCCUGCGCCUGCGAGCUGACGUGGCGCGGCUGGUCCCCCCGGGCGGCGCUCUGCGGCCUUACCCCCGUGCUCCGCCUCGCUCUCCCCAGCUGCCUUGGCGUCUGCCUGGAGUGGUGGUGGUACGAGAUCAUGACUGUGCUUGCUGGCUACCUCCCCGACCCCACCACUGCCGUCGCUGCCACAUCAGUCCUCAUACAGACUACCAGCCUCAUGUACACUGUCCCCAUGUCUCUCGCUGCCUGCGUCUCCACCAGGGUGGGGAACGAACUGGGAGCGGGGCGGCCCAAACGGGCGAAGACGGCGGCGCUGGUGGCUCUCGGAUGCUCCGCGGCCAUCGGCGUGUUGAACGUGGCGUGGACGACCCUGCUCCGCUCGCAGUGGGCGCGGGUCUUCACGGCGGACGCAGCCGUGCUGCGUCUCUCCUCGGCCGCGCUGCCGCUCGUGGGGCUGUGCGAGCUUGGCAACUGCCCGCAGACCACCGGCUGCGGCGUGCUGCGCGGUACCGCGCGCCCGUCCGUUGGUGCCCGCAUCAACCUGCUCUCCUUCUACCUGAUCGGGACGCCGGUGGCCGUGGGGCUCGCCUUCCGCCUCCGCUUCGGCUUCGGCGGGCUCUGGUACGGCCUCCUCACCGCGCAGGCCGUCUGCGUCGCGCUCAUCCUCGCUGUCGUCCUCCUGCGCACCGACUGGGAGGUGGAGGCCCUGCGCGCCAAGAAGCUCACUGCCUCCGCCGACGUGGAAGUCGUCGCAGAUCGUUCGAAUGCGGAGGAGAAGCGUCGACUAAUAAACAGUGCCGAUGAUUGACGUAGCAGCUAGUCGACACUAGAAAGUCAUUGUCAAAUUUUGACUGACACGUCAUCUUCAGCUGUUGUUAAAAAUGUAAAUGUAAAUGUAAAAGAAAAUGGAUGGAAAAUGAAUGUAAUAUAUAUGAGAGUUUAAUCUCAUAUUAAAAAUUUUGUGAUAUAAAAAAGAAUUGUUUAAA